CCUAACCUUGUUUUCAGCCCGUUUCUUCGCCGUUUUUCUUUUCCAUCCUAACGAGUCUGUGUCCCGUUGCCCAUCGCCGGCGGCUCGACUAAGUGGGGUGGCGAUGGCGUUGGAGAUGCGGAAACUGUACGUCGGCGGGCUCCCGCCGUCGGCGCACGAGGAGGAACUGAAGGAACACUUUGCCCGCUACGGCGAAGUGCUGUGCGCCCGUGUCGUCCGUCACCGGGACACCGGGUAUCCCCGUGGCUUCGCGUUCGUGGAGUUCGCCGACGACGAAGGCCCGCGUGCCGCGCUCGAGGAUAAGGAGAAGGCCAACCACGUCUUCGGCGGCCGCACUGUUGAUGUGAAGAGAGCGAGAGUGAAGCCGCGAUAUCAAACUGAGCAAUCUUUCUACCAAUACAAUCAAAAUCAGAGUCCAGGAUGGUACAAUCAAUCUUCUAGCAACACAAAUGCUGGAUAUGCUGGUUAUGGCAGUAGGAGCUGUGAUCCAAACAAAGUCUUUAUUGGUGGGCUACGAGGUAAUAUUACCAAGGAGGACCUCAAAAGUUAUUUUGGGAAGUUUGGCGCAAUAAAUGAUGUUGUUGUGAUCUGUGAUGGACUUACUCAUAAGUCGAGGGGCUUUGGUUUUAUUACGUUUGACUCAGAGGAUUCUAUGCUGAAGGUUCUGGAGAAUUCAUAUCAUGACUUGAAUGGAACAAAAGUGGAAACCAAGGUUGCAAUUCCAAAGGAUCACAGCUACUACCAUCAUAGUCAGCAGAAUAGUCCGAUGAACUGGGCUGGAAACAGUCCUUCUUACAGCUAUGGAGUGUACCCUCCACAGAAUCUGCAUUAUAUCGUUACUAACCAAAACCAUUACAUGGUUCCUUACAUGUAUCCACCAUUUGCAACUGGAGAAUAUGGCUACAUGCCUAACACAGGUGCUCCCAUGGUGGCAAGGCAAGGUGGUUCGAUAUACAGAGGUUAUAGAGCACCUUCUGCAUAUGAUUAUGUGGGUACAAAUCUCAAUGGUGUUUACAGUGUGGAUACUGGAAGUGAAAGCAAAACUAAUCAAGUCAUGACAAAUCAGCAAGAAGUUGACAGCCCCAGAACCAAUACUUCCAAACAAGAACCUUCAGACUCGGUGUCUACGACCUUAUUGUGACCAGGCUACUAUUACAACAUUGUAACGUUGGACAGCAAACAUGUUAUCUGGAAACUCAAGCAACUGUGAAGAAUCCGAUGACAGAAUAUAUCCCUGGAAUUGCUCCACUUACCCUCGUUCCUUUUCAACCUUCUGUACAUGGAGUACAAACAACCGGCAAUUGACCGGGCCGUAUUAAAUUCUUUGUUACUGCUGUUAUUGUUUUUCUUGUGACAGAUAUUUUAUAUUUCUUCUUGGUUUCACAUAUUCGGUGCAUGGUUAUUUAAAAUGUUUUGUUUC